AUGAAAAACUCAAAGAACGAAGAUUCAAAUAGUACAAUUCAUAAACCUCCGAAGGUGGUAAAUUUCAAUAAUAAUCGAAUCAAUAAGGUAGACACAAGUUUUAAACAAAAUUUUCAAAAUACUUCAUAUAAUAAACCUAAUAAUACAACAUAUCAAUAUAUGAAUAAAAAUUAUUCGAAGGCUAAUUAUGUUAAUACAAAUUCUACAAACUCUAACUAUCCAAAAAUAAAUUACAACAGUACAAAUUUCCCAAAUACUUAUAAUAAAAGUUGUAACUAUAAUUAUAUGAAUUAUUCAUGUAUUAAUAAUAAUAAUAAUAGUAAUAUAAAAAACUCAGUAAGUUAUGUAAAUACACAUAUAAGUAACAAUGUGAGCAGUAAUUUGAAUAUUCAUAUGAAUAAUAAUUUAAAUAACAAUGUGAACACUCAUACUAAUAAUAUGAACAUUCAUGCUAAUAGUAUGAAUAACAGUAUAAAUAAUAAUAUGAACAGUAAUGCCAAUAAUAUGAAUAAUUUAAAUAGUAGCAUGAAUAUUCAUGUUAAUAAUAUAAAUAAUAAUAUAAGUAAUAAUGUUAACAAUAUUGGUAAUCCUAUGAAUAACAAUUUAAAUAGUAAUAUUAUGAACAGUCAGGUAAAUAAUUUGACUAAUACUAACAUAAGUAAUAAUAUUUAUAUGAAUAAAAAUUACAAUAUUCCAAAAGCUCCAUACAUAAAUUAUGCUAAUAAUAAUAUGACCAAUUUUAAUAAAAAUAAUAAUGCUCAUACACCUAAUAUUAAUUCUUUGACAUCAAAAAAUAACCAAAGUAACAGUACAAGUAAUUCUUACAUGAAUAACAACUUUAUGGAUAAUUUGACAACAUUAAAUUAUAAUAAUGAUAAAAGCAACUAUGUACAAAAUUCAAAUACAGUAAAUAAUACAAGUAACAGUAGCACAUACGCUACAAUAGACAAUAAUAAUGUUGAAAUACAAAAUAAUUAUUCUUAUGAUAAUUAUUUAAAGAAUACAAAUGUAAAUAAUAAUGAAAAUGAAUUAUAUAGUAAAAAUUCCAAUUUAUCUAAUAUUUUCAUUGAUGAUACAAGAUCUAUGAAUACUAAUAAUAGUAAUAAUAAUUGCAAUAAUGAAUUAUCGGAUUUUAAUAAAAAUAAUUAUCCCAAUAUUAAUUAUAAAAAUAGCAAUGUAAUAAAGAAUAACAGUUCUAUGAACACAAAAACUAGUGAUUUAAAUUCAAAAAUACAAAAUAAACAUUAUUCUUCAGGUUCUCUACAAAAUCAGGAAAAUAAUAAUGGUAUACAAAAUGUCACAUUUAAUUUAAAUAUAACAAAAAAUAAUAUGUAUAUCAAUAAAAGUAGCAAUGCAAAUUCUAAACCUAUGUAUACAAAUAUAAAUAAUGGAGCUCCUAAUAGUGUGAAUAGCAACUUCAGUUCUCACAAAAAUAACCAUACUAAUUUUUCUCCUAUUAAUACGAAUGAAAAAGACAGUGCUAAAUUUGAAAAAAAAAAUGUAAAUAAUAUAGAAAAUACUAAGGAUAUGAAGAAAAAUGAUCGUAAUUAUCAAGAAAACUCUAAUAACACAAAACAAAAUUCCUAUCACAAUAAUAAUUAUCAAAAUGAAAAUAAUAAUUAUGAAUAUAAUAAUAGCAAAAUACACCCCAAUGCAAAUGCAAAAAAAAGUGAAAAUAAAAAUAAUCCUUGUAAUAUAAAUAUAGAUGGAAGAGAGAGAUUACAAAAUGAUUAUAAUCAAAAUUUUGUAAAUACAGGAGAACGACCACAAAAUUUCAUAAGAGACAGUGAUGAAAAUAAAAGAUUUAUUAAAUAUCCCAAAUUGAAGCAAUUAUUAGAGUUAAAAAAUGUGAUCAUAAAAAAAAGAUCAACUCCAGCUAGAUAUAUUAAUUGUGAUUUAAGAACCUUUGAUUUAGGAAGUUUAGAUAUAAAGUUUGAUGUUAUAUUAAUUGAUCCACCAUGGAAAGAAUAUUAUGAUAGAAAAAUUCAUAAUUUAGAUGUAUUAAAUAAUAUAAAUAUUGAUAAUUAUGAUUUAAAUCAAGAUAUAAAUAAUGAAAAAGAUAAAUAUUGGUCCUUAGAAGAAAUAGCAAGUCUAGAAAUUGAAAAAAUUGCUGAAGUCCCAUCUUUCAUUUUUUUAUGGUGUGGAGUAACUCAUUUAGAGGAUGCACGAUUUUUACUAAAUAAAUGGGGAUAUCGUAGAUGUGAAGAUAUAUGUUGGUUAAAAACUAAUAUAAACGAAAAAAAUAAAAGAAUAAAGUAUUUAAAUGAAAUAAAUAAUGAAAAUUCUUAUUUGCAAAGAACAACUGAACACUGUCUGGUUGGCAUAAAGGGAGCAGUAAGAAGAUCAUACGAUAUUCAUUUAAUUCAUGCAAAUUUAGACACUGACGUAAUUAUAGCUGAAGAAACUGAUCAAAAUAUAUAUGAUAAUAAUAAACCAGAAGAACUCUAUAAAAUUAUUGAAAAAUUUUGCUUAGGUAGAAGAAAAAUUGAAUUAUUUGGAACCAAUAGAAAUAUAAGAAAUGGAUGGUUAACAUUAGGAAAAAAUAUUGAUACUACUUUAUUUAAUAAAGAAGAAUAUAUAAGUUGGUUUGAAGGAGAUAUAGCAUGGCCAGAAGCAACCUCUUAUAUUGGUGGAAAAUAUAUGGGAACGACAAAUGAAAUAGAAAAUUUACGUCCUAAAUCACCACCAAGAAAUAUGAACACAUAA